GCGGUGCUGAGCAUACAGCCUCUAACAGGGUCAGUGGAAGAUGUCAUCCGAGAGUCAGCCAAGUCUCCUUCAUAAGUACAGGGGUGUCAUCUUCUCUGUCAUGUCUUCAGAAGAACUCCUUGGUUCCUUGGACUCCUUUGAUGCGAGAGAAGAUGACAUAUUUCUGGUUUCCUACCCCAAAUCCGGCACCCACUGGCUGGCAGAAGUCAUUGAGCGCAUUCCCAACGCCGGCAUCACGCUCACAUCUCCUGUUGAACUGGGAGACAUUUCUAAAUUUGAAGAGCUAAGAAUGGUUCCUAAGAGAAGAGUUAUCCCGACCCAUCUGAACUAUGAAAUGCUUCCGGUGACUGUGAAACAGAAGCAGUGCAAGAUCAUCUACAUUGUGAGAAAUCCGAAGGAUACAGCGGUGUCCAUGUUCCAUUAUUACAGGGACAACCCUAACCUCCCUUCCACAGAAACAUGGGCUGCGUUUCUAGAGCUGUUCCUCAAAGGAGACGUUGUGUAUGGCUCCUGGUUUGAUCAUGUUUUGAGCUGGGAAGAACACAAAAAUGAUAAGAACGUCCUCUUCCUCUUCUACGAAGAAAUGAAAAAGGAUUUUGUUAAGAGCCUAAAGAAAAUAACUGCUUUCCUUGGCAUUGAUGUGAACGACAGCGAGAUGGGUAAGAUCGCUCGGAGUACAUCGUUCAGUGAAAUGAAAAGUAACGCUGCCAAAGAAAACUGCGAUCCCAAUCACGUCAUCUGUGCCCUCACGUCCAACAGGAACCUGGUGUUCAGAAAAGGAGUGGUGGGUGAUUGGAUAAACUACUUCACUCCGAAGCAGAACAGAGCCUUUGAUGAGCUAUUCACGGAGAAGAUGAGAAACAGUGAAGUGGGCAGACAUUUGAAGGAGUAUGCGCAGUCGCAGACGCUUGAAGAAGGUGUGCGCGCAAUCGCAGAUGCUUGAAGGAGCACGCGCAAUCGGAAGGGAAAUGAACUGUAUUCCGUUCUCUGCAGCGUGGCGCCUGGGAAACACGUAAAUAUUCUUUACUGAUGUGAAAAGCAGAUAGUUCUUUCCAUGAGAAACACGUACUUCAAGAAUGUGUAAAAUGCGGCACUCAUAAGACAUUAUCGUCGUAUUUGGUGACGGCAGAAUUAUUAAUAAACGGGGGCAUAAAUUUCUCCAGUCGUUGAGCUCUGUAUCCACCUUCAGCGAGUUCAGGCCGAAGUUCAGGUCUGAACAUCGUGAAUCUGAAGGCCAGGGCUGGUUCCUAACACAGAAAGAACUGUUAUUGAAAAUCCUCCAUGAGCUGCUCGGAUGUGGAAAGGAGAGGGGUUAAACCACAUCCCCGAGGAAAUUUUAUUUUAUGCCUAUUUAGAUAAUCAUAGCCUGUAUCUUAAUGUUUUUAUCCCGACAUUUCUAAGUGUCUGUGAGAAAUACUUCUCGAAAUCACAAGAACAACAGACACCAUCCUAUCAAACUGGAGAAACCUAAGGGCUGGGUUCUGUCCCUCAUUGGUGAACAUGGUUGGGAAUACCUGUAUUUUCUUAAUGUUACCGCAAAUAAUAAAUUUUCUCAUCUUCUAAUUUUGAAAA